CAGCUCACUCCUCAAGAAAGACCUCUAUUGAAUGCAGUCUUUGGCGAAAUUUGGAGCUUUUUUUUAAUCAACUCCUGAAGAUACCGGAUAAAACAGUCCUUAUGUUGUUCACCUUUGCGACUAACACCGGUUUGUGCACGUCUACGAAAGCGACAGUAAAACCCGCAGAGCUUGCGCAAUACAGAAGAAGUUUUAUGAGUGAGGUCGUGAGCUAGCUUCAGCUGCUAGCUGUGUGUUGAAGAAGAAGUCAGGCAGACGAUUGUCUCAACAUGUUUCGGGGUAACUAGUCAUCAGAGGAAGGAAGGAAGGAAGGGCACUUGUCGGGUUUUUGGACUUGACAUGUUUUUGAGAGAGACCCGUGAGUACGAGGCGGUAAGCUGUUGGACCUCAGAGAAACUUUGGCUGUUUCAUUAUGGCUAAACAUCAAAACCAGCUGCCCGGUUGAUGUUAGAAAAGAAGGUCAGGAGGACAACAUCAGCGACUAUGAGCAAGGUAGAACAGAAAGACAGGGUCUUGUCCACGAGCGAGGACCCUCUCCCAUUCCUCCACACCUCUAAAGCUGAGCCUGUGAUCCGAAGCCGACCCCUCAGUGAUAUAUACCCGCUCCACAGUCAAGCUGACCGGAGUGUGGCUCCAUAUCUGCUGUCUGGGUGUGGCACCCAAGUUCAGGUGACUGAUGAGAACAAACUGAACGGGAUCAACUCCUCCGCUUGGUCCAACCCUGUGAUAGGUCAGCCUGAGGGCAAGCCCUACUCCGCAAGAAUUAUGAGGCUUUUUUCAAACUCCAGGAAGGGCCCCGUCCCUGCUCACAGUCCGUCCACUGACAGUCCAACCUCCUCCAACAGCAGCGGCAGUGACUCCGGCCCCCAGUCCUGGUCUGGACUUUCAGGACUGGGUGUUGUGGACUCCUUUAAAAAGCUCCGCUCAUCUGUGCUGCAGGGUAUACAGAGUAGAGGGACAAUCAGCCAAGAGGGGGAACAUGACUUGUGUUUGAAUCAGGAAGUGAAAAAUGGCAUGGUUGGGGCCAACACCGGCCCUGGUCGUCAUGAUGCAACAAAUCAUUUCAAGUCUGCAGAAGGAUGCAGCAUGUCCAACGGAGGACAUGCUGGACAAAAGCUGGCUGUGAUGUGUCAGUGUCGAUCAGAUAUCGAGGACUAUGAUGAUGAUGAAGCUGAUGAAGGAGAUGAAGGAGAUGGUCUCACACGCAACACUCGAUGCUCAAGGAGUAUCAGGAGAGCGUACGGAGCGGGACGCAUCUCUACAUUCGACGCAGGGAACGGGAGACUUGCAGGAAAGAACACAAAUGAAGUAGAGGGACAGAAACCAGAUCAGACCUCAAAGGAAACAAAGAACAUGAAUGAGAACAUGAAUGAAAACAUGAAUGUGAAGGUGCUGAGCAGACUGAGCAAAAGUGCUGAAAAUCUCCACAUAUUUAAGGCACCUUUCAGACGCAAGGCGUUAGCUCAAGGACCUCCUCUGCCUCAAGAAGACCCCCAGAGGACCUGCACAUCAAACGGGGCAGCAUGCAUCCAGAGGACAGCCAGUGCCUCCUCAGUGGACCUCCGGGGCCACACAGAAAGAAAGACCUCUGUGAAGACCAAGAAACCGAUGCUGAAGCUAGUAAACAGCAUGACUGACUUGACUGUCCGACGCAGGCGUAGUCCGUCCCCGAGCCCCACAACUCCAUCUCCCAUGUCCCCCCUAAGCCAGCUCCAUGACGACUACUCCCGCCGCGUGCCUUGCCUAACGACCAAUGAGCGACAGCGGAGGCCCUCGCCUGUCAGAGCCAGGGUCAUGUCCGUUGAACACAGCCCUCUGGAUCAUUCACAGCCUGAUGCCAGGCCUCAGCAGCACCAGGUCCUCAUCAGCCCGGCUCCUGUGGAGACCUCACCUGGUAUCUCUGCUCAUUAUGAACCGCUGAGUGAUUUUAAACAGGCAGCAGAAUGUGAUUCAUCUCCACUGAGCCAAAGAGAGUCGUCACAACAACAGGAAGAGACUGAGGUUACACCAAACGAGAUGACUGGAGACAAACAAGAGUUGGAAGUAUUUUGCCCAACAGAGGAGGCCUUACCAACAACCAGCAGCACCCCUCCUACCUCCCCAUCAUGCCCCUCAGAGUCAUCCACAUCGCCCUCAUCGCCCACAGACGCUUCCCCAUACUCUACAGAAGCAUCCUCCGUCAAACCCAGAAGAAGGAGCGGGCGAUCGAGACCUCGGCCCAUUUCUGACUAUGCGCAGCUCAUUUCCAGGAAGCACUCCAUUCCUGAGGAAGUGGCAGAACGCUGCUCUGAGGACAGGACAGCAAACACGUCGCUACAGAGAGACUGCAGUGGGAGUAACAUUAGUGGGAAUGAUGGAAGCCUUGAGAGCUGCAGUGUGUCUAACGGAGACAUACAAGGAUGUAGACAGCGGCCCGUCUCUGUGAUAGGAGCCGGGGAUCUGUAUUCUCCUGAUGCUGAGGAGAAAGAUGGCCGCCUUCCUUCUCCCCUGUCUCGGCCGCCAAUCCCCUCCCACCAGGUUCCCCCCUACAGAGCGGUGUCAGCCAGGUUUCGUCCCUCCACCUUCUCUCAGAGCACCCCCAUCGGACUGGACCGCGUCGGUCGCCGUAAGCUCCACAGAGUGCUCAGCGACGGUAUGACGGAGUGCUCAGCGGCUCUUGAUGACAGCGUGAGUGAGGAGGAGGAGGGAAGCUUCGAUGAGCUCACUGAGGGCACGCCCUACCUUCAGCCGGGGGUGGAGCUCUCUGUGCUCAAAGAGUGGAUAAGCUCCGGCCACGCCGUGUACGCUGAGGCUCUCUGGGACCAUGUGACCAUGGAGGAGCAGGAGCUAGCAUUCAAAGCCGGAGACGUCAUCCAUGUCCUGGAAGCCUCGGACCAGGACUGGUGGUGGGGCAGGGGAGCUGACAGGGAGGCCUGGUUCCCCUCCAGCUUUGUAAGGGUUCGAGUGAAUCAGGAGGACUCGAGUGCAGAAAGCGUGGAGAGUGUCGCGGACCAGGAGGAUCCAGCUCCCAGAGACACACAAAGCACUCAGCACAAGGAGCAGAUGAGAACCAAUGUGGUUCAAGAAAUCAUGAACACUGAACGCAUCUACAUCAAACACCUGAAAGACAUCUGUGAGGGUUACAUCCGUCAGUGCCGCAAACACCCGGACAUGUUCACUGAGCUGCAGCUGAAGACCAUCUUCAGUAACAUCGAAGACAUCUACAGGUUUCAGAGGCAGUUUCUCAAAGACCUGGAGAAGAAGUACAACAAAGAGGAGCCACAUCUCAGUGAAAUAGGAUCCUGUUUUCUCUUGCAGGGAGAGGGCUUCUCUAUCUACUCCGACUACUGUAACACUCAUCCAGCAGCCUGCGCCGAGCUGCAGCGCCUCAUGAAGUCAGGAAAAUAUAAACACUUCUUUGAGGCCUGCAGGCUCCUCCAGCAGAUGAUCGACAUUUCCAUCGCUGGCUUCCUGCUCACGCCCGUGCAGAAGAUCUGUAAAUAUCCUCUCCAGUUGGGAGAGCUGCUGAAGUACACCCCAAAAGACCACAGUGACUACACCGGAGUGAGUCAGGCGCAUGAGGCGAUGAAGAACGUGGCCAGUUUGAUAAACGAGAGGAAGAGACGGUUGGAGAGCAUCGACACUAUCGCUCAUUGGCAGGUGGCCAUUCUACACUGGGAGGGAUCCGACGUGCUAGAGCGCAGCUCAGAGCUGAUCCACUCCGGUGAAUUGACCCGAGCUGUCCGACAAGGAAAAAUGCAGCAGCGCAGCUUCUUCCUGUUCGACCACCAGCUGGUGUUCUGUAAAAAAGACGUCCUGCGCAGAGACCUGCUCCACUAUCGUGGACGGCUGGAUAUGGACCAAACCGAGGUCUUGGACGUGCCUGAUGGGCGGGACAUGGACCUGGGCCUGACCCUCAGGAACGCUCUGCGGCUGCGCAACGCCUCCACGCUGGAGUUUGUGUGCGUGUUGUGCUGCAGGAAAGCCGAGGACAAGCAGAGGUGGUUACAGGCGUUUGCCAAGGAGAGACACAGAGUGAAGGAGGACCAGGAGAUGGGGAUGGAGAUCAGUGAAGAGCAGAGAAAACAGGCCAUUGUUAAUGCCAGAAGAGCCAAACAGGGGAAGAACAAGCUCAUUGGUUACUCUGCUUCUGGCCAACCACACCACCAAAACCUCCACCCACUUCACCAGCGACACAUCACCAUUCCAACCAGCGUGCCUCAGCAGCAGGUUUUCUCACUGGCCGAGCCCCCAAAACGAAAGCCUUAUCACCUGUUGUACAGCAUCACCCGCAACGCCUUCUUCAGGAAAUGAGGCUGUGCUCCCUCCUCUUCUUCAUCCUCCCUGUGCACGCUCCGGGCACGCCCAAAACAUCCUGAAGACUCAAAGAACACUUUAUUUUUUUCAUGUGUUUUUCCUGCCUGUGAAUGUUUGUGCCUCGUGUCUCUUCUGUGUCUGUCGUUGCAUUUUGAACUUCAGUGCCUUCACUCUGAAAGAGGCACGACUAAAGUGUUAAAAUACUGACUGUCCAUUUUGUUGAUGUUAAAGAUGCUGCUCACUCACGAGAGUCCCACCCUCUUUGUCUUAUUAGAUCCAGCUGUAUGAUUUUUUUUAUUUGUUAAUGACAAAGAUAUAUAUUCCGCUUUUACGUUGACCAACAUGGUUUUAGUUUAUUUCACAAAGGCUGGACCCUUUUUUGCUGUGAGUCUGUCAACUCUGAGCACAAAGCGGUCAGAGGAAACUGAACUGACACUUUCACCUUCCCUGUUAACUCUGUAAAUAAAAGCUCUUGUACAAACAUA